AUGAUAUCGACCGCACUACGAAACUUUAAGGAGCCCACCAAGGAACAUUUGACUCAGAAUUUCUUCUCCUUACCGUCCACACCCACGAUCCCCCCGUCACCAAAAGGAAAAAGUGCAUCAGGUGAUGGUGGAAUAGAGAAGAUGGACAUUAAUGCGGUGUUGAGUUUAGGUGUGCAAGGAGAAGAGGAUUCAUAUGCCGGAAAGUUAUACUUGAUGUCCCCUUAUCUUGCCUUUUCAUCGCUGGAUAGGAAGUCAGUUCGAUUCACGAUCCCUUUAUCAACCGUACGGCGCGUAGAGCGUCUCAAUGCUCGUGCAGGGAUAUAUGCCCUUAGUCUAUUGAUGUGGCACGGCGGAAAGAUAAUUGUUCAGUUGACCUCCCUUCGGCCAACAGCGGACCUAUUUUGUUCAUUGUUACGUGACGCGCUGAAACUGGAGUUACAGCGCGGAAUGAUGAAGCAAGUGAAAGGCUUUGUGAAGACGUGCUAUUCGGAAAUUCUGAUCUCUUCAACUGGAUCAACGACUGAGGACGGUGUUGCUGCUGCUACGACCACCGCUGGUGCUGGUGAGAAGGAAGGCGCGGAGUCGACGGAGGAAGCGACUUAUCAUAACGGUCUCGGAAUCAAAUUUAAAUUUCCUGGUGAUCCAAAGAAACUUCGUGAAGCAUCUAAAAUUAAACUAUGGACAGCAUACCUCAAAACCCACGGUCGGAACAUCACCCUUCUUCGUUAUCCUCAGUGUACACGGCUCGUACAAGUAGGUUUGCCGAAUCGGCUACGAGGGGAAAUGUGGGAAGUUCUAUCUGGCUCCAUUUUCCUUCGCUACUCGAAUCCAGGGUUCUAUGAGCAUACCCUCGAAGAGAACAAAGGGAGAACAACACCGAGCACUGAUGACAUCGAAAAAGAUCUCCAUCGGAGCUUACCUGAAUAUCCCGGUUAUCAAUCGGAAGAAGGCAUCGGAGCAUUGAGGAGAGUACUACAGGCGUACUCGUUCAAAAAUCCUGAACUGGGAUACUGUCAGGCUAUGAACAUACUAGCUGCCGCCAUCUUAAUAUAUAUGUCAGAAGAACAGGCAUUUUGGCUUCUUGAAGUGCUCUGCGACCGUCUUCUACCGGGCUAUUACGCGUUCGUACCUCUCGGAUUCACCUAUAUCAGUUCAAAGACCCUCGAUGCACGGUACCCUUUUGGAUCAACGAGUAUUCGAGUCUCUAGUCCAGCGGUGUCUGCCCAUGAUUCACGACCACUUCCAAGACGUCGAUGUGCAACUAUCUGUAGCAUCAUUGCCAUGGUUCUUGAGCCUAUUCAUCAACAGCAUGCCUAUGGUUUUCGCUUUCCGUAUCGUGGACUGUUUCUUCUGCAUGGGACCAAAAGUCCUAUUUCAAGUCGGGCUUGGUUAGUCUCUCCUGGGCAUGAAAUGAACUAUCGUCCUUAUUUCUUUCCAGCUAUACUAAAAAUCAACGGAGAGAAGCUCCUGCAAGCACAAGACGACGGAGGUUUCCUGAAUAUAAUGCGGGACUACUUCUCAUCUUUGGGCGACUCCGCGCAUCCCGACUCAGCUGAUCCUCGAGCACGAGCCAUAACACGAUUCCAAGAGCUCCUACUAGUUUCCUUCCGAGAAUUUUCUGUCAUCACCGACGAUAUGAUCCAUUCCGAAAGAAAGCGCUUCAGAACGGAAAUUAUUCAAAGCAUCGAGACAUUUUCCAAACGGUCCGCGAUCAGGAAUCUGAAGACACUCUGUAGAUUCAGUAAAGAUCAAGCUGGCAUGAUAUACGACGCUCUGUAUCAUGCCAUCUGCGUUGUACCCCCUCCACCAGUAAUAUUACCACCACCAAGUCUUUUAACCACAGCCGAUGGAGGUGAGGAGAAGCCGGAAACAAGAAUCGGGCUCAAGACCUUCCGUGUCUUCCUCAGCGAGAUUGCUACAUGGGCGAGGGACGAAAAAAUAAUCAGUAAUGGAUUUCAACAACGCGUAGAUCGGGAAAUUGCAGAUCAUGAAUUCAUCGAUAGGUUAUUUUACUUUUGGGACACCUCCUGUCGAGGCGCCCUGUCAUUUCAGGAUCUGGUAUCUGGUUUAGACGGCGUCAUGUUCAAUGAUCUCAUGGAAAACAUCGAGUGGUUUUUCAAUCUGCACGACAAGAACAAAGACGGACACCUCACCAAAGAUGAAGUUUUGACAGUCUCGGAAACCUUUUUGUUCAUUUUCAGAUUUGAGAUUGGCGACGCCUAUUUGGGGGCAGUUAGUCGAUUUAUGUCCAACGCUUUUGAAUACGGGGAUGCCUUACUCCCACAAUCAAAUGAAACGGGACCAGACGGAGAACCUACAUCACCACCGCCACUCCCCCCAAAUCAGCCCUACUUGAAUUUAGCGACGUUCCGUAUGGUCGUACUUGCCGAUGAGAUACUCGAAUCGUUCUUCGAAACGGAUCUUUCAGCUUCCUUCCACCUAGAUCCUGUACCAGAACUGGAACUUCCCGCAUCGAAUAGCGGAUUACUAGGCGACAUAUGGUCCCAGAUCGCCACAGAUACCAAUAAGAAAAUGUUCAACCUGUUUACGGACGAGAUUGGCAAGUCCAUCGGGAAGCACCAGGUUAUCCAUCGCCCUUCGAUCGGCAGAUACACCAAACUCGAGGAACCGAAAGCGAGGGAGUCACUUCUCACCCCCGCGAUGCGACAUUCAACGUCUAAAUCGAGUCUCAAGACCGAGAUCAGCUCAGCUUCCUUACAUCCGUCUUCUUCGUCGACGCUAGGUGUCGAUACCCCUGCUGCUUCACCUGUUGCGCCGCCGAAAUCCAAGGGACAUGCAGAGGAAUUAAACGCGCUGCCGAUAGUUCAAGCAGUCAAUGCUGCUUUGAUGACAAGAACAGCGUUCACGAUUGAUGAUACUAAUCACGAUGAAGACGAUUAUGAAGAUGAUGGCGAGGCUGGGGAACAUGAUGACGAAGUCAUGGAUGAGGUCGACGCUUUCCUUGAAGAGAACGACUCAGGGCUGACUGACGCUGAUAAAGAUAUUGCCAAAGAUCUAUUGCAUGCGGAACCUGUCAAAUGA